UCAGGAGUAGAACCAACUCAGUCAGUACAUUCAGCCUGUCAGGAGUAGAACCAACUCAGUCAAUACAUUCAGCCUGUCAGGAGUAGAACCAACUCAGUCAGUACAUUCAGCCUGUUUUCUACUGGGUUCCCCUUCCCUUCCCUGAAUAAAAGCAUUGGCCGAGAGCGCAAUGACAAAGGGCGUUGUUAAUAUGCAUAUGUGGAGCAGUGUAGGGGCCUUUGGGACAUGUUAUUAGAAGGAACCUACCAACCAAUCAUUGUUUACUCUAUUUGCUGUUGUUUACUAGUGGUGUGUGUGUUUCAGAGACUCCUCCACCUGGCUAUCUCAGUGAAGAUGGGGAGACCAGUGAUCACCUGAUGAACCACAGCAUGGACACCAGUUCACCCAACCUGUCACCAAACCCAGUGUCUCCAACACACAGCAAUUUAGACCUACAGCCUGUGAUGUACUGUGAACCAGCCUUCUGGUGUUCUAUCUCCUACUACGAGCUGAACCAGCGGGUGGGCGAGACCUUCCACGCCUCCCAGCCGUCCCUCACCGUGGACGGCUUCACCGACCCCUCCAACUCAGAGCGCUUCUGCCUGGGCCUCCUCUCCAACGUCAACCGUAACGCCGCUGUGGAGCUGACACGCAGACACAUCGGCAGAGGGGUACGUUUGUACUAUAUUGGAGGAGAGGUGUUUGCAGAGUGCCUCAGCGACAGUGCCAUCUUCGUCCAGAGUCCCAACUGUAACCAGCGUUACGGCUGGCACCCCGCCACGGUCUGCAAGAUCCCCCCAGGCUGCAACCUGAAGAUCUUUAACAACCAGGAGUUUGCUGCCCUGCUGGCCCAGUCGGUGAACCAGGGCUUCGAGGCGGUCUACCAGCUCACCAGGAUGUGCACCAUCCGCAUGAGCUUCGUCAAGGGCUGGGGAGCAGAGUACAGGCGACAGACCGUGACCAGCACCCCUUGUUGGAUCGAGCUGCACCUCAACGGUCCCCUGCAGUGGCUGGACAAGGUGCUCAUGCAAAUGGGUUCCCCCAGCAUCCGCUGCUCCAGCGUGUCGUAGGAAUACUCUCCCCACCGUCUCUGUGACAGCACCAGUGAAUUAAACAGACUAGAGACCAUAGACACAUCAACUAAAGGAUCAGAAAGGGUUCGGCAGGCAUUGAGAGAAGGCUUUGUGUCUUUGGAAGAAGAGCCUGUAGGCUGAGAAAGCCUAACCCUCGUCUGUCACAUACUCUCCCCAACCCUCGUCUGUCACAUACUCUCCCCAACCCUCGUCUGUCACAUACUCUCCCCAACCCUCGUCUGUCACAUACUCUCCCCAACCCUCGUCUGUCACAUACUCUCCCCAACCCUCGUC